AUGACGUCCCAGGUGCGGCGUCUGAAGGAGACAACGAGGUUGAACAUGGCAGCCUGCUACUUGAAGCUGGGUGAGCACCAGAAGUGUGUCGACGCCUGCAAUCAAGCUUUAGAACUGGGUCAGAAUCCAAAGGCCUAUUUCCGCAGAGCUCAAGCCUACCUCGAGCUGAGCAACUUCAGCCGUCGAGUGCGAUCGUUUGCACAACGAGAUCAGCCGUGCAGUUCAGGACUGGGUCCAGAACUUCUACGUGGACAGCAAGUUGCUCCGCAGCGCCUCCCCGGCAGAUCAAUGUUUGCCGGUGGACUACAAAUCCACCAGCUCCUCGCCCGCGGCUCCCAGAGAGGAUGUCGGGCGACUUGGGCUAAGGGAUUUGUUGAAACAUGGACGGAACCCAGGGGUUGA